GGUCCCGCCGCGAUGCCGUCGGACCGGCCCUUCAAGCAGCGCCGCACUUUCGGAUGCCGCUCGCCCUCUGUGAUGCUUGUGGAGACCCAGAGGAGUCAAUGCUUACAUCCUCCCUCCUCCUUUGUCAAAGCGGAUCGUUGUAAAGAAGUGCAGCAGAUCCGAGAGCAGCAUCCAAACAAAAUCCCCGUCAUCAUUGAACGCUACAAAGGGGAGAAACAGCUGCCAGUGCUGGACAAGACCAAGUUCCUUGUCCCAGACCAUGUCAACAUGAGUGAAUUGGUCAAAAUCAUCCGGCGCCGCUUGCAGCUGAAUCCCACCCAGGCAUUCUUCCUGCUGGUGAACCAGCACAGCAUGGUCAGUGUGUCCACCCCCAUCUCGGAGAUCUACGAGCAGGAGAAGGAUGAGGAUGGCUUUCUCUACAUGGUCUAUGCUUCCCAAGAAACCUUUGGCUUCUAAGGGCUGCCAAGAGGUGGCAUGUGGAGACAGAACUGUGGCACAGAGGCCCCUGACCUCAGAAGACAGCACAGCCAGAGGCUCACAAGAGGGGGCUCUGCUGACCCCCUUCCUUCCCCUCCCUGUCUCCCUCGCUCCCCUCCCCAUCACCCUGUCACCAAAGAGGCUCGAGACGCGUGUUGGACUCGCACAACCCUUCCCCUCCGUGUAGGUCAAUCCUGCUACCCCCAGGCGCCCACCCAGGUGUGUGACAGCCCCACCCAGCUGGGGCCUGGCCCCCUCCCCGUGUCUCUGCUCUGCUCUCGCUGUGCUGUGUGUGCUGUGCUGCUGCCAGACCCACCGGGCCACCAUCACCCCAGCACAGGGAGAGCCACCUCUCCCCAGUCACUCAUAAAGGGCAGGAGGUCUGCAGAAGCAGCUGACAGAUGUUACCAUUGCUCCUGAGUUUUAAUUGAUUUUAAUUACACCUGUAUCAGAUUCUUGGUGCUACUGAGUAGAUGUAGACAUCUCUGUAGGACUGUGGGUAAUGUGUAUCCUUUAGAUACAUUUUAUUGGUUUGUUUGUUUGUUUGGAUUUGUUUGUUGGUUUGUUGUUUUUUUUUUAGGGCUAGAUUGGAAUGGGGAGAGGGGGUAACUUUGCUGUAUUCUGUAGGUAAAUAAAUCAGGCUUCAUUGCACUUUAAAGCAUAGUAGAUAUCAGAGUGGAAUUUCUUUUAAUUUAUACAGGUUUGCCAUCUAUAGUGCUGCUCCUGUGUUGACAGUUGUACCUACAUUAUCUUGAUCCUUUUUUUUUUUAAUAAAAUUGAUUUCCCUUCUCUCUA